AUGGCACCGCCUACAGACGAGGAUAUUGAGUGGUUUAAAUCCACAUUUCACCCUAUUCCUAAACCUCAGCUCCCAGAUGAUUGCAUCGAAUAUUCGUUAUACUGCAUUUCUCCCUCCGGAGAGAUUGACAGCACAGCCGAUGCUGACGUAGCUCGCUUGCGUCUCAACGAUGUCCAAAAAGCUGCUGCAGAUCUUGUGAAGAGACUGUUGAAGGACUAUAUAUGGCAACGCGAGCCUUUUAAACUGGAGAAGUUUCGCGAAGACGGAUUGAAUUUGCUCCGUGGGCGAACUGAAUACGGCGACUCAAUCGAAGACGAAUGGGUUAUUGUUUAUAUAUUGCGCGAGUUAACAAGACAGUUUGAAGAUUUAUGGGUGAAAGUAUCCGACAGUGAUGGAGAAUUUUUACUCGUGGAGGCUGCUGCAACCCUACCGUCCUGGCUUGAACCUGAGGUUGCUAAUCACAGGGUUUGGGUUCACAAGGAACAACUGAUCAUCAUCAAGCCUGAUAGGAGAGAAGGAUCAACUCUCAAACCAUUAACAUUUCGACAAGCCAGGAAAAUAAUUCUUGAAGAUCCUAAACGAUUAAUGCAUUCUCCGAUAAUAGAAGCAGAGGCAUUUUAUCGACUUCGCAAUUAUCCGAAGCAGAUCGCUGACAACCUUCACACGACUCGCAUUACUAUUCCCCGAAAACUCGCGCAUAUACUACACAUGAAGCCGGCUUAUAUCUCUCCCAUAGUGGAUGCGUUUUAUGUCAGGGAUCCGAUAUCUUUACGACCACUAAAAACAAAGGAUACCAGUACGCUAAGAUUCAAACCUGAGGAUUUGGUAACCGUAAGUGUUCGAUUCACGAGAGUUGGGUAUGCGCAGUUAAAAAGUCAGGAUUUUGAGUUGCCGCUGGUGUGGAAAGGCAAGAUGCCCCAUAAAACCGCGAAAGAGGAUUAUGCUCGCGCAGAAAUGGGGAUGAAAGUCACCAGCGGAAUUGAAAUGCUGUUAUCAGAUCCCCACAACCAGGAUAAGAUGGCAGUGAGGGAAAUUAACCUCACUUUAAAAGAUAUCGAUACUGGAGACGAAAAGCUUCCUACAGAUGAUGAACUUGAAUCCACAUGGGAAAAACGCGAAGACGAUGAAAAGUGGUUGGAUAUCAGCUUCGAGGACCUUGAAGAAGAAUUAAAAGGCCGGCAUGGUUCCAAUCGGAAUGCAAAAGCAGCAGGCGGAUUUGGCGACCAAGCUGCUCAAGAGAAUCUCCAAAGAAUAGUGAAGCAGUUCGAGGAGUUUUUGAAUGACGACCGCGCCGGCUGUGAUGGGGCUGAUCUUAUUGACGAAGUCGAUUCUGAUGACUUUGAUAUGGAUAGUGAAGAUUUGAGUAGCGAUGGAGAGGACAAAGAAGUAUCGUUUGACGAGGAUGAAUUCUCUCGAAUGAUGCAUGAAAUGAUGGGACUACCGUCGAAGCAUGAAGGUAGUGCCCGCCCCAUCACAUCGAAGCGGAUCAAAGAGCUGAACUCAGAUGAUGAUGAAAGUCAAGAUGACAGCAAGGAGAUAGAAGAACUGUCUAAGCAGAUGGAGGCUGAACUUCUAGAAACUGGAGUUCUUGAUUUGGAUCCGAAAGGAAAAGGAAAACAAGACAUUAAAGGGAAGGCAUCUUCUCGGUCCAAGAGCGGGUCAGACGAAAGCCAUGACGAGGACGAAAAGGUGGGCAAUGGCGAGGAGUAUGACGUUGACAAUGUGGACUACAACCUUGCAAAAAACUUGCUUGAGAGCUUUAGUAGCCAGGCUGGCUCAGCGGGACCCGCAAGCAAUUUGUUAGGCUUGAUGGGUAUGAAAAUGCCAAAGGAUGACCGUGAAUCGAAAUAG